GAAGGAAUGAACUCAUGUUCUUUCGCUAUUAAACCGUGCUCUGUAUCUUUAAAUGGAUAUAUCAAGAAGCGCAUAGAAUGAUUUUUCUAUACAGAUAACUUGAGGAAAGUUUUAUUGAUAGUUACAAGUUCUACUGCAUUGAUUGUUUUGUCGCUGUAACAGCUAAUUGCAACGGAUUUAGUGUUUAAUUUUAAUUUCCCGCUUCAUCCGAUCUCAGCUCGUUGUUUUCGUCAAUAUGAUGGGGCGGGGUGGUAUUUUGAUUUGGUUUUUAGUUCUAACCGUCGCUAUUCUGAUCGCAUCUUAUAUAAAACCGUUUGACCACAUUUCUAGAUGGUUCACGUCGGAAAAAUUGGUGAACAUAGAUGUGAAAAGGCUGAAGGAGAUGAUGAAAUCAAACGACCUUAAAUUGAUAGAUGUCCGAGAACCAGACGAGUUGGAGGAAGCCGGGAAGAUCCCUUUUGCUGUUAAUAUUCCACUCGGUGAAGUCGAGGAUGCCUUCAAACUGGACGAGAAAAGCUUCUUAGAGAAGUACAAGAUCCACAAACCGAAUGUGGCGGACAAAAAUGUAGUUUUCAGUUGUAGGAGUGGUGUCAGAAGUAUGCGCGCUCUCAAAAUCGUUCAGGAUUUGGGUUAUGAGAAUCCUCUCAAUCUUGUUGGCGGAUACAAUGCAUGGUCCAAAGAAAAUGCAGAAUAGGAUGUUAUUUGCUACAGUACUUCUGUUUACCAAAUACCAAAUAUGUAACAAUGUACAACAAUAAGAUCGUAAUGUAUAUUUAUUUACAGUCAAAACAGCUUGGAGUAUUUUCAGGACGCUUUUUAGUUUGCAACAUACCAUCCUAUUGUUUUUGUGAAUAUUUUGUUUUUAGUUUCUCAUAAAAGAAUUGUUUUUUCUGUAUAAUUUUGUCUGUUGUUAAAAGUUGCUCUAAGGUAACAACAUUUCACUUAGCUUUUGCACUGGGAUGUGUCGUUAUUUUUACAAAAUUUCCUCAGAAACAAUUGUAAAUUUGGCAUCCAAAGAUUGGUUUUGUUUAAUCUAAUCUUUGAAUAAAUUUUAAAAAAGUUUUCAAGCUAACAGUCAUAUAAUGAUUCUGAA